CCUCCUCUCUCAUGUCCCCUCUCAGUUUUAUUCUUUUUGUCUGAUGGUUGCUUCACUUCUUGGCAGAUCUGAUUGUAUUAAGGACGAGAGAGCUUAGCGGAUUGUAUUAAACUAGAGCCUACAGGCUAGCCUGUUUUGCCUUAAUACUCCCAGUCCUGUGCGGGACUUCAUCCACACUACUGUAUCCCUUCUAUCAACACGGAUGUAAAGCUUCAAGGAGUGGAUAUGUAUCAGGGCAUAAUGACAACCAACCACGGUCCCUCUUCCUAUGAGGCCGGAUUUCUGCACAACGCCUCGGCGGGCACCUCUCCGGUUUAUGUGCCCACUACCCGGGUCGUCACCCCCAUGAUCCCGGCGCUACCCUACCUCCAGACGCCCGGUGCGUCGCAGCAGAGCAGCCCCGGAUCGAGCCACUCUGCCUGGGCUCAGUCGUGCUCCGACUCGGUGCCCUCAUACAACCACUCCCCGGUGUCUCCACGCUUCGCCUUCUCCACCAGCCCGCCUCUGUCCUCCGGGGUGGCCACUGUCCGGGAGACGGCUUCAUACAGCAGCCCGUUAAACAUCUCUGGCAACGGGAGGGAGCACUACGGCGCGCGGAGCCUCAGCGGGCCGUAUCACAGCCCCUACCCGGCCUACAUAAGCCCGAACGUGGGUGGAACUUGGCCGCCGUCUCCCUUUGACAGCCCGGUCCUCCACGGUCUCCAAACCGGCGCUUCUCAUGGCACAACCCGGCAUCCAAACAUAGACCUGUUUGAUGACUUUGCUGAGGGGCGAGAGUGUGUGAACUGCGGGGCGAUGUCGACCCCCCUCUGGAGGCGGGAUGGUACCGGCCACUACCUGUGCAACGCCUGCGGACUGUACCACAAGAUGAAUGGCAUCAACAGACCUCUCAUCAAACCUCAAAGACGACUGUCUGCCUCCAGAAGGGUGGGCCUGUCCUGCACCAACUGUCACACCACCACCACCACUCUAUGGCGACGAAAUGCAGAGGGAGAGCCGGUCUGCAACGCCUGUGGCCUCUACAUGAAGCUUCAUGGGGUACCACGACCCCUGGCUAUGAAGAAAGAGGGGAUCCAGACCCGUAAACGCAAACCCAAGAACGUCAACAAGUCCCACACUGGGACCCCAGGCAGUGAGACUCCGGUCACGCCAAGCAGCACUCCCCGGGCCUCCAACACCACAGAGGAGCCUCGCCAGAUAAAGACGGAGCCGGACACUCACAGCUUGUACACACAACAUAGUGCACAUGCACAGAUUUCAGCCUUGCCAGCCUACAUGACAACUCAAAGUGGGACCAUUCCUCUCAAGAUGUCCCCUGGGGGUCACGGUGGGUCUUCUGGGUCCAAAGCUGAGCCCUGGAACAACCUAAUCCUGGCCUAGAAGACCUAACCAGCAUCUCAAACAAUAGCGAUAAAACUCUCCUGAGAGACAAGUCUCUGCAGAAAGCUGACUGACACUCUAGCUGCAGAUGUUUCUGCACAGCGCCUUCAGUGCAAUGCUCCGGGACAAAUAUGUGGGCGUCACACAAGAAAUGGAGAUCAUAAACAGAACUGCACAGAUACUGUGUGUUCACUCACAGCAAUGGAUGGACUGAACGGAGUUUGAGUAGCACUGUGAUUAGACACCCAAAAACUGCAACAAAUCUACCAUGCCAGUGCAGGGGCAUUAAGUGACUGAAGCUAUAACAUGAACCAGAAACAAACAACAGUGAUGUUCAGACUUUAUUUCCCUGAGUUAUUUUUAUUUCAAAAUAAUUGUCUUCAUUUUCAUAUUAAUAUGAACAAGUUGCCAAUGAAUGAUGGACACACACACAACAAUCACAACAGCGCCCUUCAAAGUCAAACGCAGCACCAUGGAGCAGCAAGUGUACGUAAAGGUUCAGUUCACAUUAAUAAGAAAACAACUAUGUAUUUUCACACUCACAAGGGGGAGGCCUAUUUACUUGCAUGGCAUGCAAUGUAGGUGAAGGAAAACUUAUUUUUCAAAAUCUCAAUAGCUAGUCUCUUUACAGAACAAAGGAUGUGGCGGUAACUUAAUAAUCCACAGACCUCAAUGUGAUCAGUGAUUUGUAUGUUUGGUAGAUGAUUCCAACUGUGAUGAGUCUUUGGAUUAUUCAGAGUAUCCAAAGCACUUUGCUAUUUUUAUAAACCUAUAAAGGAUGUCAGUUAAUUUGCAGUCAACUUAGCUGUUAUAGGCCGACUCAGUCUGAGCAGCAAUAUCUCAAAAUGGAAACGGAUAUGUAUGUGAAUUAGGAUUCGGAUGAACUGACCCUUUAAACAUUUCACAAACUUGACAUUCAAUGAUUCCAGUCAUUUGUAUGUGAUGCCAUUGAUUUUAAUGCAGAGGUGUAAUUUCACAGUACAUCAAAUUUUACAAAGAGUAGAUAAUCAUGAGCAUCUCUUCCUUACUUACUGCAAGAAAGAAUUGCUCGAGACAUGAUCACUCAUCAGCACCAGAGAUAUGACCUCAAACAUACAUGAUCUCCCACUUUGUUUCAGGACAGUUGCCUGAACGGCAUGGCUUUCGAUUUAACGUGAGUCGGUAUUGACAUAUCUAUGAAAAAAUACAUCAUAAACUACCUAUGCAGCCAAGUUAAGUUGCACAUUAUGAAUGUAAAUAGAAGUAAUGGCACAUAGCUCCCUCUGCUGACACAAGUGCAGAUGUGCGUCCAUAAAAAAAAGCAUAAUCGUCUUUAAUCCUGCUAGUAUUUAUUAGUAAAAGGCUAUGCCCUAAACUACUCAAUCAUCUAUCCAUUAUCUAUUAGCUGAAGGUUGUUUGAUAGACUUUAUGACAGUGUAUUGUAUCAAGACUGUACAGAUUGUUAAAUACUUCAUGCUUUGAUUUUCUUAUGAAAAGCAUGGAGGGCUGGGGCAACAUGUGGUGAUGUCCCACAUUUGCAUUAACAAAUAUAUGAGCAUAUAUGUAAAACUCCACUCCAAUAUAAUUGUAAUACACCAUUUGUGAUAUUUUGUAAGUAAAGACAGAGUGAAAGAUGUGGAUAUGUGGACUAGCACUACCUGAUGCCCUUCCUCUGUGUGCAACUGUAGCUCUACUGAGGAAACUAAUAAA